AUGGAUGUGAUCAACAACUUUGACAAAACUACUUCUUUGGGAUGGGAAAUGAUUAAACUGGUGGAGAAUUUCGGUUUUAAUGUUACUUGGCAAGCAAAGAAUAUUAGUGAAAACUUCAACUUGACGAGCAUAAAGGAACACUAUUUCAUGGAAUCUCAAUUUUUGAGGCACAAGCAAGGAGGAAGCCCUGGAAGUAUAAUCCGAUUUCCAAUGCUAACAAACAACACAUGGAGUUCAUCAAUUAUGAUCCGAGAGCUUCCCAAUCGGACAUUCAGAAAUGAUGAAGAAUAUACGGAUAUUGAAGCAGUGGGGCAAAUAAUUCCCAUGGCGUAUGCGGAAAAGUUUUUUCCUGCUCAGUUUAACAGAAUGAAUGACACAAAGAAGAGAAUGAAUUCCGGAUUGAUUCACUUGACCAUUUAUGGUCCAGAUAGAAUUCCAAUAGAAGGUGGUGCAGCGUUUGUUACUUUUAAACACUCACGUGAAGCCAAAGGGCCGAUAUAUGAAACUAUUUGGCACCAACUCUAUCCAGGAGAAAACCCCACAGCCAUUGAAGGAACAGAGCAAUGCGCUUAUUGGGUAAAUUCACUUAGUGAAUGGGACACGGAAGGAUGUAGAAAAGCGAAAUCAGAUCGUUGGUCUACUGAGUGCGAGUGCAAUCAUACCGGACCAUACGUCUUGUUAUCAGACGUUCAUGCAAAAGAUGUAAUUAUGGAAAUCAUUAACAUCGUCUUCAGCACCCUGAGUUUACUCAGUUUGACUCUGAUGUUGAUUGUUCUGUAUUUCUUUGAGGAAAAUCAAGAGGAACGAAACGCGAUUGGGAAACAUUUGUGCCUGUGUUUAUUAAUCGGACAUAUAAUGGCGUUGACUGUUCUUGACAGAUCAUAUUUCCAACUGUCAAGGGAGAUGUGUGUGGGAGCUGCGGUAUGUCUCCAUUACGUAUUCCUGGCCGCUUUUAUGUGGAUGGCCAUUGAAGGGCACCAUUUGUACCGCAUGGUGAUGCGCGUUUUCGACUCAGGGCGUGACUUUUCAAAAAUCUACCUCUGGACCGGUUACGGAACUCCCCUCCUCAUCGUUGCAGCAACAGGUAUCACCACCGCUGCCCUCCAAGACUAUGGCUACGCGGACGAUGAGUUGUGCUGGCUGUCAACCCCGUUUUACAUUUGGGCAUUUAUGGGACCAGUUUUUAUCAUUACAGUGAUGAAAUUAAUGGUGUUAGCCUUAGCCCUAAGAGUAACGCUUGCCAACGCCACCCAACAGAUUAAAACCUUCAGAAACCGUGUCAAAAUUUGGAUUAUGGGCUGGUUUUUACUAUCUCUGCUGCUUAUCGUGACCUGGCUGAUCGGUUUCUUCUACAUUCAGUUCUACCAUAGUUUUUCUUACGCAUUCUUCGCCUUGAACGGGCUCCAAGGUGUCGUCAUAUUUUUGAUUAGGGCUGUGUUCAACGAGAAAGUAAGAACAACAAUAAAGAAAAGGUCGAAAGAGUCACGAAUGAUGGACAGGCUCUACAAAAUAUUUUGGAAUCAAGACAGCCGCAACCAGACAGCUGCAUCCCAACCCUCGCCUUGGGUUCUUGGCUCUAGUAUUAUUUCUCAAGAAGUAUUUGUCUCUGUGGCUGCGACCUCAGAUUGGGGAAGCAUAUCGACCAUCAGUGUUAACUCAACCAUUGAUGAAGACCAAAAACCAAAUCAAAAUCCCGUGAAACCUUUAAAAUUCGUUUUUUCAGGGGAUUCGGAAAAUUUCCAGCCGUGGUUGAAAAAGAAAAGCAACAAAGAAGAGGCACUGGAGCAAUCUGUGCUGCAAAAUUGGAAGUCGGUAGAAAUAAAGGAAAUUUGGAAUGAUUUGAGGUCUGACAGCAUUGUGUCUGAAAUACCUGAAAAGGAAAUAAUGUACGAUCAAGGAGCGGAUGCUGACAGUGACAAAUCAAGCAAUGAAUCGAAAUUUUAA